AUGCGUCCAAAGACACUGCGAUCGUAUAAACGCACCAUGCGUGCUUACUCCACCGGUUUUGGAUUUCGAUCGCCUUACCAGAUCUUACUGGACGGUGAUUUUUGUCAGGCCGGUUUGGAACAAAAGAUCUACCUCAAGGAGGAAUUGCCGACAAUUCUUUCAGAUAACACAAGACCCUUGGUGACCGAAUGUACGUUGCAGGAAUUACGAGACAAAGGCUCAGCUUUCACCGGUGCGGUUUUGGUAGCCAAGCGAUUUGAACGACGACGUUGCAAACAUCGAACACCUGUACCCAGUGCCCAGUGCAUCAAGGAAAUCAUUGCCAAGGACAAUCCCCACAAUUACUGCGUUGCAUCGCAGGACCCGGAACUUCGCAAAGCAUUGCGGGAAAUACCCGGUGUGCCUUUGCUCCACAUCAAACAGAAUUUCAUCGUUCUUGAACCGCUCACACAAGUGACUCGCGACGAGAUUCAAAAGCGAGAGUAUGAAAAGACAUUACCCAGUGCGAAAGAGGCCGAAAAAUUGAAAACCGCCAAACUUGUGGUGGGCGACAAACCACCAGAGGAAGUGGCGGCCGCGGCCAAGGAAGAACCCAAGCCCAAAAAGAAAAAAGUAAAAGGACCUAAUCCCUUGAGCGUGAAAAAGAAGAAGAAGAAAAACCCU